CAGUAGUGGCAUCUUUGACAAUGACAUGCAUAUUCCAUCGUCUCCUUCUCCUGCCGGCCGGCUGCACUUCUCAACUCUGAAGGCGCCACAUGUUACCGACCAACCACCAAAGGAAUUAAACCGAGGCGGACCACGCCAUUGCCGCACCUCCUCCACCCUCCUUGGCUUCAACUCCACGCACACAUGCUUGCUUUCCAAACCAAGGGAUAAAUUAACCGCCCGCCCGUCCAUCUAAGCACCGCCAGCAAACCACAUUCUGCAAGCACAAGAAUCGAUCAGUGGAGGGAGCAAUUCAUUGAUUGAUCUAUCCAUCAUCUCAUGGCGAAACUUAGCUGCAGGAGUCUCGUGGCUUGCUGCAUGGGCCCUCCACGGGCAGCCGUCGACGCCAUGGACGGUGUCAAGCUUAAGGUCACCAACAGAUACGUUCUGAUUAAAAAUGACAUCUUCGAGCUGACGCUCUCCAACCCCGACGGUAUGGUGACCGGCGUGCGCUACAAUGGUGUGGAUAAUCUCAUGGAGAUUCUUAACAAAGAAGACAACAGAGGGUACUGGGACAUUGUUUGGAAUCCACCGGGAGAGCGAACUGGAAUAUUUGACGUGAUCAAAGGUACAGACUUCCGCAUCAUAUAUCAUGAUGAAAACCAGGCUGAGGUCUCCUUCACCAGAUCAUGGGAUCCUUCCCUCGAAGGAAAAGCUGUUCCGUUGAUCAUCGAUAAAAGGUUCAUCGUGCUUCGUGGCUCCUCAGGAUUCUACACCUAUGGAAUCUAUGAACACAAGGAAGGGUGGCCUGAUUUUGGCAUUGGGGAGACCAGAGUGGCCUUCAAGCUUCGGAACGACAAGUUCCAUUACAUGGCAAUGGCUGACAACAGGCAGAGAAUAAUGCCGAUGCCUGAUGACCGUUUGCCUCCCCGUGGCCGGCAAUUAGCGUACCCUGAGGCUGUCCUCCUUGUGGAUCCAAUUAAUCCUAAACUCAAAGGGGAGGUCGAUGACAAGUACCAAUACUCGUGUGAAGACCAAUACAAUAAUGUCCAUGGAUGGAUAUCAUCUGAUCCUCCGAUUGGCUUCUGGCAAAUCACGCCUAGCGACGAGUUCCGUACUGGAGGACCUCUGAAGCAGAACUUGACAUCUCAUGUGGGGCCCACUAUGCUCGCGAUGUUUCUUAGCGCCCAUUAUGCCGGGGAUGACCUUUCGCCUAAGUUCACCAAUGGGGAAUAUUGGAAAAAGGUUCAUGGACCGGUGUUCAUGUACCUGAACUCCAGUCAGGACGCAUCUGACCCAAGUCUACUGUGGGAGGACGCAAAAGUUCAGAUGAUGAUGGAGAAAGAGAGCUGGCCAUAUGAUUUUGCACUUUCAGAGGAUUUCCAGAAGACUGAGCAAAGAGGCUGUAUCUCUGGUAGAUUGCUUGUAAGAGACAGGUAUAUUAUCGAUGGUGAGGAUCUUUAUGCCACAUCAGCCUAUGUAGGCUUAGCACUACCAGGAGAAGCUGGAUCGUGGCCAAGAGAGUGCAAGGGAUACCAAUUCUGGUGUAGAGCAGAUGAAGAUGGUAGCUUCUACAUAAAGAACAUUGUAGCUGGAAACUACAAUCUCUAUGCAUGGGUUCCAGGUUUCAUAGGGGACUAUAAAUUCGAUGCCACACUAACAAUAUCUUCAGGGGAUGAUAUUUAUCUGGGUGACCUUGUGUACGAGCCACCAAGAGACGGUCCGACUAUGUGGGAGAUCGGAAUACCUGAUCGAUCUGCUGCUGAGUUCUAUGUCCCAGACCCGAACCCCAACUAUGUCAACAGAUUGUUCAUCAAUCAUCCUGACAGAUUCAGGCAGUAUGGGCUUUGGGAAAGAUAUGCAGAACUGUAUCCAGACCGUGAUUUGGUAUACACAAUCGGCGAAAGCGACUACAGCACCGAUUGGUUCUACGCUCAAGUUACCAGAAGAACUGAUCAGAACACAUACCAGCCCACCACAUGGCAAAUAAGGUUCAAUCUUGACAGCGUCUCUCCGAACAGCAAUUACAAAUUCAGGGUGGCGCUUGCGUCUUCGGCUAACGCUGAGCUACAGGUCCGUUUCAACGAUCAGGACAGGGUUGUUCCCCACUUCACCACUGGGCUCAUCGGGCGUGACAACGCCAUCGCGAGGCAUGGGAUCCAUGGCCUGUACUGGUUGUUCAACAUCGCUGUGAGUAGCGCCUGGCUUGUCCGAGGGAUGAACACGAUAUACCUGAAGCAGCCCAGGAACCAGAGUCCCUUUCAGGGGAUCAUGUAUGACUACCUGCGCCUGGAAGGACCCUGUGGCUGCUAAUUUAAGUCGAAAGCUAAUCAUCCCACCUUGCCUAGCUUAGGUAUGUUCUGAUACAUAGUAGAGCUGUAUUGUGUGUAGUUAUAUGUUCGGUUUGGUAGAAUCCAUCUACUGAUUACUAAUACUUAAUCUAAUAUGUCUGUUUGUUCCACUAUCGAAAAUAAUAUGUCUGCUUGUUUGUGCUCCA